AUUGAGAAUCGUAUGUUACGACUCAAGUUUUGUUGUAAACAAAGUAUUUAAUUUAAUAUCUGAACGCAACUGAUCAACAUGGAAAAGAAGAAUAACUUCACUCUGCAAACCAUUGCAAUAGCCUUUGCUCUGGUGAUUGCUGUCUUGUCAUUUGUAUGCUCAAUUGUACUAUACAACGAAACACAAAAACAAAAUGGUGGGCCAGUCGAACUGGAUGCUAAAAUAGCCAAAUUGAAUAACGAACUGUACCAAGUGAAAUAUGAUCUCGUUCAAUUAACCGGUGAGCUUAUUCAGGUCAAACAUGAACUUGGCAAAGUCAAAAAAGAGUUCUUUCAACAACAAAACGAAUCUCGAAAUGAAGUUUUUAACGUGAAUGUCGAAUGUCUGAAAGUAAAGAAUGAACAAAAAGAGGCGCAGUUACGUAUUGGUGAACUUGAAACACGAAUACAGCAUUUGAUCAGCGCCAAAGAUCAGAAUGAUGAAAAAACGUAUUUUAACACAACAUUGAAUAGAAUAAAACGACAAACGACAGCAGCAGUCGCAGGCUGCGAUUGCAAUGGGCGUGAUGGUAGAGAUGGAUUAGUUGGACCACAAGGGCCACCCGGCCCAGAAGGCAAACCUGGUCCCCAAGGUAUCCCGGGGGCACAAGGUACACCGGGGGCGCAAGGCACACCUGGAGUGCAGGGAGCAAGUGGCAGAGAUGGUAGGGAUGUUGUAAUUGGACAGGGCUUAUCCAUUAGUGAUAUGAGUAACUUACUUGAACAGCUACAUAUUGCUGCACCAUACAGUAACAAAUCCACUGGUGCGCAGGGUCCCCCUGGUCCCCGAGGCCAAAGAGGUUUAGCAGGUGGCGCUGUUUAUACAAGAUGGGGGAGAACCACAUGCCCAAGUGGUGUUGAGAAAGUGUAUGUUGAUGGAUCAGCCCUUUGA